AUGGGUGGCAGCCGCCCGGCGUGGAAAGGCCCCUUCGUUGCAAUCUCUCUUCUAAAGGACGUCGUGGCGCUCGCGCGGCAGAACCCAGAGUGGUGGAACCGCACGCGCUUUCUGGGAGCCCCCGCGCCAGCCAUCAUCCGCACCCAGAGCCGCGCGUCGGUCAUCCUCCCCGACUUCCUGCGCUGCGUGUUCUUUGUGCACGCGGGCAACAAGCGGCUGCGGCGCAUCGAGGUGACGGAGAGCAUGGUGGGCCACAAGUUGGGGGAGUUUGCGGCGACGCGCGUGCAGCCGCAGCACAAGAAGAAGGGCUAG